CGUCACCUGUGAAUGGAAGCGGGGAACAUGGCGCCGCCCGGCCGAGCGCUUUGCCUUUUCGACGUGGACGGGACCUUGACGGCUCCGCGGCAGAAAAUUACCGAAGAAAUGGAUGGCUUUCUACAAAAAUUGCGGCAGAAAAUCAAAAUCGGAGUCGUGGGCGGGUCAGACUUGGAGAAAGUGCAGGAGCAGCUGGGAAGAGACGUGGUUGAAAAAUAUGAUUAUGUGUUUCCAGAAAAUGGCUUGGUAGCAUACAAAGAUGGCAAGUUCUUGUGUAAACAGAACAUUCAAGGACACCUGGGUGAGGCCCUGAUCCAGGACUUAAUCAACUACUGCCUGAGCUACAUCGCGAAAAUUAAGCUGCCGAAGAAGAGGGGUACUUUCAUUGAAUUCCGAAAUGGAAUGUUAAAUGUGUCCCCGAUUGGAAGGAACUGCAGCCAAGAAGAACGGAUCGAAUUCCACGAGCUCGAUCAGAAAGAAAACAUAAGGCAGAAGUUCGUGGCGGACCUGCGGGAAGAGUUCGCGGGGAGAGGCGUCACCUUCUCCAUAGGGGGCCAGAUCAGCAUCGACGUCUUUCCUGACGGAUGGGACAAGAGAUACUGCCUGGGCCACGUGGCCAACGACGGUUAUGAGACCAUUUACUUCUUUGGCGACAAAACUAUGCCGGGGGGGAACGACCACGAGAUCUUCGCAGACCCCCGGACCCAGGGCUACACGGUGACGGCGCCCGAGCACACGCGCCGGCUCUGCGAGGAGCUCUUUCUCUAGUGCGCCGCUGCGGCCGCACCCUCCGACCCACAGCCCAGGCCAGAGCGGGAAGGGGAGGAAGCCCUGGGUGCACAGGGGAGCCCCAGGCUUUAGCCGACCCGGAGCCCAGACGCCCCGCGUGUGGCCACCGCUGCACCCUGCGCCAUGACAGGCCUUGGCAUUAGGGCCCCAGCCUGCGGGAAAGGGGCCUCGGACUGAGGGAGGUGGCGCCUUCACAGCCCUCGGCCCGGGGCACCGAGUCCACGGACAGACUCAGACUGCGGCCCUCUGGCCACUGACCUCACGGGGUCGGCGUCCCUCUGGCCCAGAGGGCAGGCCACGAUGGGGAAAGUGGCCGCCCGCGUGCCAGCUCUGGGCCAGGCUCGGAGACUAGGGGGCCCCUACACCAGAAGACCCUCUGAGGGCCCACAGCACAUGUCCCCUCCAGACUUCCCAUAAAUGAGCGUGACCCCCAGCACCCCGACAUUGGCCAGGUGGAGCGGCCAGGGUUGGGCCUGAGCCUCCCUCCCUUCCCCACUGCCGUCCCCCCCAAGAUCUUUACGAAGCCUGGCAGCUCCAGGCCCAAGUGGAAGCAGCUGUCCAAGGAAACGGUUCACAAGCCACUUUCCAGUGUCUGGAAACUUCAGGACCCACAAACUUCCAGACGCGCCGGAACAGCCUCUGUCCACCGCGGACCUGUGAAUGCAAGUGGGAUGCUGGCCCGGAGUCGGCCCCUCACCCCUCCUAAAGGACGCUGCUCUGGUUCCCGACCUCGGUCCUGUUGGGUUUACCAGCAAUACUGUGAUGGUGCAAAGUAGCAAAUUAAAGUUACUGUUG